CAGUAAACAAAACAACUUCAAAAAAAAACCUAACAAAAUGUUCAAAUUCUUCGCUUUGUGCUUGUUCGCCGUUGUUGCCUUGGCUGCCGCUAAGCCCGGUAUUGUUGCCCCCUUGGCCUACUCUGCUCCCGUAGUAGCUGCUGCUCCCUACACAGCCGCCUACACUGCUCCUUACACCGCCGCCUAUACCGCUCCCUAUGCUGCUGCCUACUCCGCAUACUCUGCCUAUCCUUAUGCUGCCUCUCCUUAUGUAGCUUCUCCCUACACCGCUGCCUACUCCGCUUACCCUUAUGCCGCUUCUUAUGUCUUGCGUAAAUAGAUUUAAGAAUUAAGGAGUUUUGGAUUGAUUGUUAAAGUUAAACUUUGUUGAAUUUGAUAACGAAAAUAUGCUGCUAAAAUAAAAAUUUUGCUAAAAAAAAUUAAA